AUGGCAAGCGAAUUGCGCUUUGACGACCAAGUUGUUGUCGUCACCGGCGCUGGUGGUGGCUUGGGUAAGGCAUAUGCUACUUUUUUCGCAUCAAGAGGAGCUAAGGUCGUUGUCAAUGACCUCGGAGGCUCGUUUAAGGGUGAUGGAAACUCAACAAAGGCUGCCGAUGUAGUCGUAAAUGAAAUCAAAGCCGCCGGUGGUCAAGCCGUAGCCAACUACGACAGCGUCGAGAAUGGCGACAAGAUCAUCGAGACCGCCAUCAAGGCUUUCGGCCGAAUCGACAUCCUACUCAACAAUGCCGGUAUCCUACGAGAUAUCAGCUUCAAGAACAUGACGGAUCAGGACUGGGAUUUGAUCAUGAAGGUGCACGUCAAGGGCUCUUACAAAUGUGCGCGUGCUGCCUGGCCGCAUUUCCGCAAACAAAAGUAUGGUCGUGUCAUCAACACCGCAUCUGCUGCCGGCUUGUUCGGUAGCUUCGGCCAGGCCAAUUACUCGGCUGCUAAGCUGGCCAUGGUUGGCUUCACCGAGACGCUCGCCAAGGAGGGCGCUAAGUACAACAUCAUCUCAAACGUCAUCGCUCCCAUAGCUGCGAGUCGCAUGACCCAGACCGUUAUGCCUCCGGACGUCUUGGAAAACCUAAAGCCCGACUGGGUCGUUCCCCUUGUCGCCGUUUUGGUUCACAAGAGUAACACCAAGGAGAAUGGUAGCAUUUUCGAGGUCGGUGGUGGCCACGUUGCGAAGCUGAGGUGGGAGAGGUCAAGCGGUCUUCUUCUAAAGGCAGACGAUAGCUAUACACCUGGUGCUAUUCUUAAGAAGUGGGACAAGGUUGUCGACUUCUCAAACCCCCAAUACCCGACUGGUCCCGCCGACUUCUUAGCUCUCCUUGAAGAGUCGUUGAAGCUGGGCCCGAACGAACAAGGUGAGAAGUUAGACUUCACCGGUCGUGUGGCCUUGGUCACAGGCGGCGGUGCUGGUAUCGGGCGUGCCUACUGUCUUGCCUUUGCCAAGCACGGUGCGUCAGUUGUUGUAAACGACUUGGUGGAUCCCGAUACUGUUGUCGGCGAGAUCAAGAAAUUGGGCGGUAAGGCAGUCGGUGUCAAGGCGUCUUCUGAGGAGGGUGACAAGGUUGUCAAGGCCGCCAUUGACGGCUUUGGUCGCAUUGAUAUCAUUAUCAACAAUGCUGGUAUCCUCCGGGACAAGGCAUUUAGCAACAUGGAUGACAACCUUUGGGAUCCUGUUCUGAAUGUCCACCUCCGAAGCACAUACAAGGUCACCAAGGCAGCUUGGCCCUACUUCCUUAAGCAGAAGUAUGGACGUAUCGUAAACACUACAUCAACGAGUGGUAUCUAUGGUAACUUCGGACAGGCAAACUACGCGGCAGCGAAAUGCGGUAUCCUUGGAUUCUCUCGCACCAUCGCCCUUGAGGGAGCUAAAUAUAACAUCUACUGCAACACCAUUGCUCCUAACGCCGGAACUGCCAUGACCCGAACCAUAUUACCAGAAGAACUAGUCCAAGCCUUCAAGCCCGACUACAUUGCUCCUCUCGUCCUUGCUCUCUGCAGCGACAAGGUGCCCAAGAAUCCCACAGGCUACCUAUACGAAGUAGGCAGCGGUUGGUGUGGCCGGACAAGGUGGCAGCGGUCAGGAGGUGUUGGCUUCCCGAUAGAUGUUAAGCUAGUUCCCGAAGAGGUCGCCAAGAGCUGGCCCAAGAUUAUCGACUUUGACGACGGCCGAGCAGACCACCCCGAGAAAUCCCAAGACUCGGUGGCGAAGAUCAUGGCCAAUAUGGAGAACAAGCGAGGGGCAUCUAAGGCUCCCUCCGAGAGUAACAAAUAUCUCGAAGCUCAAAAGAAUGCUUUGGCUGCCAAGUCCCAGCCUACGGAGUACACCUACACAGAGCGCGACAGCAUGCUCUAUAACCUAGGAAUCGGCGCCAAGAGGACUGAGCUACAGUACGUGUUCGAGGGUCACGAGAACUUCCAGGUACUACCAACGUACGGCGUGAUCCCGCAGUUUGACACCAACAUGCCGUUCAGCAUGGACGAGCUGGUGCCCAAGUUCUCUCCCAUGAUGCUGCUACACGGCGAGCAGUACCUCGAGGUCAAGAAGUACCCAAUCCCAACGGGGGCUCGAACCAAGAACUUCGGCAAGCUGAUCGAGGUCGUGGACAAGGGCAAUGCUGCUAUCCUCAAGUACGGCGUCACCACCGUAAACGCUGAGACCAACGAAGAGCUCUUCUACAACGAGGCUACCGUCUUCUUGAGAGGUUGUGGAGGUUUCGGCGGUCAGAAGAAACCGGCCGAUCGAGGCGCGGCUACCGCUGCUAAUGCCCCGCCGAAGAGACACCCGGAUAUUAUCGUCGAGACUAAGACGACCGAGGAGCAGGCCGCUAUCUACCGACUUAGCGGUGAUUACAACCCUCUUCACAUCGACCCGAGCUUUGCCAAGAUGGGCGGAUUCAAGGUGCCGAUCCUACACGGGCUAUGCUCGAUGGGCGUGGCGAGCAAGGCCGUCUACGAGAAAUUCGGCCCCUUCCGCAACGUCAAGGUACGCUUCGCCGGCACCGUGCUGCCCGGCGAGACCCUCGUCACCGAGAUGUGGAAGGAAGGUCCCGCCAAGGUCGUCUUCCAGACCAAGGUUAAGGAGACGGGCCGUUUGGCUAUCUCCGGCGCCGCGGCAGAACUUGUCGGCGGCGGAAACGGCGGGAAGUUGUGA